CGGUCGCAAAGUACUCAGUUUAUCUCCCCAUUAUUUCUAUGCUUAUGGUAGUGGCCAGUUUUACCCGUUUUUUUUCACGCCGGUUCAAGAUGGCGGCGGUAGUGCUGAAGGGUACCAGCCGCUCGGAUUGAGUAGUUUUUCAUUAUAAAGGCAUAAAAACAAAAUAGAAAUUAGAGAAAAUUUGACUAAAGAAAUUGUACAUCGCUCACACCCCCCUGAUCUAUCACAAUCGGAUCUUUAUCAUCGUGUUACAGAUUUUUCUGUCAAAAUGUUCACAAUCUAGCUGGCUAGCUCGCUGGCUAACACAUAACGCCGGAGAGAGGUGGAGAAUGGGAGAGAAGCUAGAACUCAAAUUGAAGUCGCCGGUUGGAGCCGAAGCAGCGGGCUACCCGUGGCCGUUACCGGUAUACGAUAAGCACCAUGACGCUGCUCAUGAAAUCAUUGAAACUAUACGGUGGGUGUGUGAGGAGAUCCCAGACCUUAAGCUGGCUAUGGAGAACUACGUCCUCAUUGACUACGACACCAAAAGCUUCGAGAGCAUGCAGAGGCUAUGCGACAAGUACAACAGAGCCAUCGACAGCAUCCACCAACUGUGGAAAGGCACCACACAGCCCAUGAAGUUGAACAAGCGCCCUUCCAAUGGCCUGCUGCGGCACAUCCUACAGCAGGUGUACAACCACUCCGUCACCGACCCCGAGAAGCUCAACAACUACGAGCCCUUCUCCCCCGAGGUGUACGGAGAGACCUCCUUCGACCUGGUUGCGCAGAUCAUUGACGAGAUGGAGAUGAUGGAGGACGACACCUUCGUGGACCUGGGCAGCGGAGUGGGACAGGUAGUGCUGCAGGUUGCUGCGGCGACAAACUGUAAACACUACUAUGGGGUUGAGAAGGCAGACAUCCCAGCCAGUUACGCGGAGUCGAUGGAUAGAGAGUUCAAGAAAUGGAUGAAGUGGUACGGGAAGAAGCACGGAGAGUACACUUUGGAGCGGGGAGACUUCCUGUCCGAGGAGUGGAAAGAGAGGAUUGCCAACACAAGUGUUAUUUUUGUGAACAACUUUGCCUUUGGUCCCGAGGUGGAUCACCAGCUGAAGGAGCGAUUUGCUAACAUGAAGGAAGGUGGCAAAAUCGUAUCCUCAAAACCUUUUGCACCUCUGAAUUUUAGAAUUAACAGUCGAAACUUGAGCGACAUUGGCACAAUAAUGAGAGUAGUGGAGCUCUCUCCACUAAGGGGCUCUGUGUCCUGGACUGGGAAGCCGGUUUCUUACUACCUGCAUACGAUAGACCGCACCAUACUUGAAAAUUACUUUUCUAGUCUCAAAAAUCCUAAACUCAGGGAGGAGCAAGAGGCAGCUAGACGUCGUCAGCAGAAAGACAAAGAUAGCAAAAGCAACACCACCACCCCAACCAAGGCAAAGGAGCACAAGGACUCUUGUGGGGAGGACGAGCGGCCGGGGCUGCUGACCGUAGCGAAACCGUCUCCCAAGCCCCGCCGUGCCCGGCUCAUGGCCAAGAGCAGGAAGCUGGGCAGCAGGAAGAGAGGACGUCCCAAGAAGGCCGCUGCGGCCGCUGCAGCCGAGCGCAAGAGCAAGAAGAGCCAGAGCGCCCUGGACCUACUGCACGCUAAAACCCUCUCAGCAGCGCCCCCUCAGGAUGCAUACAGGUCACCUCAAAGUCCCUUCUAUCAGCUACCUCCCAAAGUUCAGCACUAUACGUCUGGGCAACUUCUCUUGGGCCCCACUCCCCCUGCCCUGCAACAGCUACUGGAUAACAUUAAGGUUCAGUACCUGCAGUUCAUGGCCUACAUGAAGACACCUCAGUACCGCACUAAUCUGCAGCAAGUUCUGGAACAGGAGAAGCUCAGACACAGCGAGCUUUCAGGGCAAGCGGAGCAGCUCUACAACAUGUGCCAGACCCACAAGGACAAGAUAAAAGGGCUCUUCCAGAGCAAACUGGAGGAGCUGGGAGUGAAGGCUCUGACUCUGGAUGACCUGGUCCAGGCCCAGAAGGAAAUCUCAGCCCACAACCGGCAGCUGAAGGAGCAGACCAAACAGCUGGAGAGGGACACGGCCGAGUUGCGUGACCACAGCCUGCUCCUGCUGAAGUCUCGCUGUGAGGAGCUGAAGCUGGACUGGGGCUCUCUGUGCCUGGAGAGUCUGCUGAAGGAGAAGCAGGCCCUCCGCAGGCAGAUCUCCGAGAAGCAGCGGCACUGCCUGGAGCUGCAGAUCAGCAUAGUUGAGCUGGAGAAGAGCCAGAGACAGCAGGAGUUACUGCAGCUCAAGUCCUACAGCCCGUGUGACGAGCCCCCCUACCGCAAGGGCCUCCCCAGCCUGGACCCGCGGCCUCCCCCGGACUCUGACACACCCAAACUAGGCCUUGGCGCCGCGGGGAUGAACGGACUCAGCCCGGAGCUCUCCAUCAAUGGCACCGCCUCGCCGUGCUUUGAGAGGGGAGGCAACAAGGCCGAGCUCCUGUCCCGCUACCUGCCCAUCUCCCCUGACCACGACAUCGUGCCGCCCACGCCAGACGCCCGCCACCGGCAGCUGGGUCACCCUCUGCCCGACUACACCCGCUACUCGCCCGCAAAGAUCGCCCUGCGCCGCCACCUGAACCAGGACCCUAGCAGUGCCCCGUUCCGCAGCCCAGGGGCCACCAUCCACAGGGGAGACAUCGGAGUGGCGUCACCUCCUCCCUUGGGGACUAAGCAAGGCUGUCCAUCCCCCAGUUCUCCUGAUACACAGCAAAGUGCAACACCCAAGUCUACAGAGAGGGCGGGAAAGGAGAAGAGUCCUGCCGGCCCUGGCGACACCAUCACCAGUCUGCCUAUCAGCAUCCCGCUGAGCACCGUGCACCCGAGCAAGCUUCCCGUCAGCAUCCCCCUGGCCAGCGUGGUGCUGCCCAGCCGCGCUGAGAGGCUGAGGAGCACCCCGAGCCCGGUGUCUCAGGCCCGCGACCCCUCCGCACUCGAAAAACUGAGCCAGAGCAACGGCAAGCAGCCCCACACCCCUACCUCAGGGUUCUCCUCUGGUUCAGUGAUGGUGAACGGCGGCUCUCACUCCGGGUCCCUCUCGCUCGACCAAGACUCUGCCUCGUCCUCCCCGCCCCCUCACGCCACCCCCCCGCUGGGGCCGCAGGGCCGGGCCCCCGGGCACAGUCCUCCUCUCGGGACCGGGGGGGUGCUGCAGUAUGCAGACGGCCCUCCCCGCAUCCUCCCCGAGGCGGCGCUCGGCAGACAGGCGGAGUCCGACUCCGAGCCCCUGGACAGCGAGGCCAAGCGCCGCAUCUUCUUCUCUUCCUCCUCCUCCUCUUCGUCCUCCUCUUCCUCGGUGGGCGUAGGCUCUCGUCAGCACCCCUCCAAGCAAGGGCAGCACCACCACAGCAACCACCACCACUCGCCCAGCUCUCAGCACGCGCACGCCUCACAGGAGGGCCGCAAGCGUGGCCGGAGGAAGCGGGGCUCCACAGGAGGCCUUCCGGCCAGCAGCUCCCCCAAGCGGAGGUCCUUCCCUGGCCUGGGUAGCGGCUCUCACCCCUCCGGCUCCCCCCUCAACAUCAACUCCAUGGUGAACAACAUUAACCAGCCCCUGGAGAUCGCGGCCAUCUCCUCCCCUGAGCAGUCAGGACACAGCCCCUGUGGGCCUGACCUGGACCAGCCGCCCGUGCUGAAGAGGGAGCGGCCGGUGGAGCUCAACGGCACCGGGCGCUACUCCUCCCCCCCGAGCUCCGACGACGAGGACGCGGGAUACCCCGCAGACAGCUCCAGCUCACGAAUUGAGAGGAAGAUUGCAACUAUCUCCCUGGAGAGCAGAGAUGGUCCAGUGAAAUCAGGAGAAAACGAAAGGGGUGGGAGCUCACUGGGACGGAAGUCGGGAAGCAGUGUCAGCAGCAUGGGUGAAGUCUCCUCUUCAUCGUCUUCCUCCUCCUCAACUGCCUCCAGCAAAUGGAAGUCCACCUUCUCCCCAAUCUCGGACCCCAAACAGCCGCUGCCUGAUCUGAGGCAGGGGGGGUCCCCGUUUGGGGUGGGCGGGGCCCGGGGCGGUGGGAGCGGAGCGGACUCAGACUCCGACCUUAAGCAACAGCAGCAGCAGCAGAGGAGGGGGGACGGAGGGGGCGCCGACUCCGCGUGCGGCGCCGCCCACCCCGGCGCGCCCCCCUUCCUCAACCACAACCCCUUCCUGAGCCAGGAAGCGGGGGGUCCCGACAGGCAGCAGAAGCAGAGGCCCCGGGAGUGGGAGCUGAAGGCAGGCGCCGCGCUGGGCAGCCACAACCUCUUCAUCUCCGCCGCUGCCACCGGAGGCAUCCUGGCCGGGAAAGUAGGCAACGCCGCAGCUGCAUCCGCGGUCUCGGGGGCCGCUGUCGGACAGUACCUGGGGACGCAGUUCCCUCUUGGGGGGGCCUCGGUCCUUCAGUCACUAUUUGGGGCUCAGACGCCUGCCCCAGCCGCCUCAGCGGCCCCGCGACUUGUGAACGGACACACUUCCCUGGGGACCUUCUCCAGUACUGGUCUGGCAGGGGGUGCUGCGGGAGGUAACUGAAGAAAUCUACCUCAACCCAAUGAAACCUAUGCAAUGGACAGGUGUGGACCAAGGGACUCUCCUCACUGACUGGUGCUCACAUGUCUUCUGAGCCGCCUCUGUGAUUGGCAUGGGUAUAAGAACUGAACACAUGUGCGACAGCACACACUCACUGUCACAGCCACUAGCACUCAUCCAGGCACACACUCACAACAGUCCGGCCUGAGCUGGGUGCUGGCUGCCCAGCUGUGUGUUGGAGGUGGUCAUGUUUAGGGAUCUAAAUCUAGAAUUUGGUCAUAGUUGUGGCGCAGUCUCAUGCUCAGUAAGGGAAGUGGGGUAGUUGCAGACAGUGGACAGAAUGACUGGAAUCACCUAGAAGGAAAAGGCAGAUCAAACCAAUGAAUUUUCUGUAAAGUAACAUUUUUCCUGACGUUUGGAAUGUUGUAGGAUCAGACAUACCUGGUCAUUACUACUUGUUGGUCUGCAGGUGUAAAUACAAUGUUGCCGUUUCCAAGUCCACUUUGUUUAAGCUUACAGUAAACUAGAUAUCAACGUGUGCAUCAGUGGAUGUUUAUUUUAAACCUAUAGAACUCUGUCCAGCCCAGAGUCAUUACUGUAUGUAAAGAAAGUGUUUUUGAUUGUAAGUUAUAUUUGGUGCUUAUUUUAGAGAAAAAAAUAAUUUGUCACAGAGAGAAAUGAGAAAUAAAUGUAUACAUUCAAUGUUUUUUUGUAGAAUCCUCACAGAGGUACCAAAUAAGUCAGAGUUGUCAUGACACUGAGUUUAUUUGAUUUUAAGUAAGUAACACAUACGUACAUCCCGUCAGUGUCAGCUGUGUAAUUAUAAGUGUCUCUGUUAGGCCAUGCCCGAGCCGGGCAUGAAUAAUAAUUGUUGUAUGUAACCAUGUUGCUGCAUAAGGGUGAGGUAAUGGAUCAGUCUGUUAAAUGCUUGUUGGGGCGUUGGUGAAGAUUCAUUUGCUCUGAACUGAAAUGAGUGGCACCUGUGACCAUUGUAGCUGGGCUAUUCAGCUCUUCCUGGAGCUGGCAUUUUAUUAAUGAUGAUUUCAUCAGAGUCAAUUUUUUUUAACAUUGAACCAAAUAUGAACCAAAAAAUUCCACUGGAUGGAAAAAGGUGGAUGCUUUCUUAGCUGACUGUUAACCUUUGCGUAUCUUGCCCCUUGUAAGUGGCUGCCGUGAGCGCCGUAGAGCAGGUGAGGUUGGUCAGGUUCUCACAGGGCUGCUGGUGCUGGAUCUCGCAGUAGGAAUCGGAGAUGCUCGCUUCCUCCUAAUGAGGACUACACCCCUGUAAACCCCUCCAGGACACAGGAGGUUAGCCUGGCUGGACUCGCUCAGGGCCGAGACACAUGCAGACACACGACAGUAACUGCAGAGCUCUUGUGCUAAUUAUAGGCAAAGACCAGGUUCUCAUUGUGGGCGUGCGCUUUGUGUGAAUUCUUUGUCCCCCCCCCCAGGUGGUGUUGGUGGUGGGGGAGGGGCAGGAAAUUUACUGGAGAAAGCACUCUGCUGUUCCUGUUCCCUACAGCCAAAACUGUCACAGUUAGCUGCUUCUUCGUUCAAUUGUGGCUCUGUGUAAAUAACUCAGCGGCGUGUUUGUUACCGAGAAUGAGCGUGCUGCUUCGUCCACAUCAGGAGGCCCUCGUAACAGCAGCCCAUCCGGCCCAGUGGUAUUCUGUCACAGUUCUCUCUGGUAUAGCGUACGGGGAUUCAUACACAUAAUAAUGAUCUAUGAUCCCUCACGUUGAUAAAUUGUUUUACUUGUCAGGAGUAUGAAAAUAUGCAUUGAUAAAAGAACAAUUAAAUUUUUUUUUUCUUUUUAAAAGGAGGUGCAGCUGCAGGAUUUCUGUGGCAUGAUGAAGCUCUGUGUGCUGAAUGUGACACUGGAUAACAUACCUGUGUAGUUGCUGACAACAUACCACUGGUGUGGACUCUGUGUGGUCAGCAGUUUGUUUUAGUGGGGGGGAGGGGGGCUUAAGUUGUUUUUAAAGUCAAUCAUGGAGAGAGCUUAUGCUAUAAAAAUUCCAUAGUGAUCAUAAUAAACAUUUUGUGAAUCCUGUAUUUGACUUGCUGUUAAAGGGUGUGGUCUUAUCCAUUCCGGUGCUGUGCUGCUGGCUGGACUGUGUUAAAGCAUUCAUACACACAGACAUGUUCAGGCAUGGUUAGGCUGGCUGCAGAAGGUUAAAACGAUGUAGCCAGUGGUCAGGACUAGGAGCCCCAUCCAGGGCCCUUUCAGGGUGAUUAUCUUAUCAGCAACUGUAACUGUACUUUCAGUCACAGUUCAUACCUUUAUACCUUUAUUGAUGGCAGCCAGCUUUAGUCAGUGAUUUUGAUGAUUGCAGCAUUGUUUAAGUGCUUUCUGUGUGGAAACAAGACCUUUUCAUUGAGAAUGCAAGUCAUUUUAAGUUUCAUUUCAAAAACCCUUUUUUUUUUUUUCUUUUUUACCACUUUACCUCUGCCUGUAUUACAGAUUAGGGGACCAUGGUGUAAUGGAGAGGACUGUAUAUUACUGUAUAUACACUAAAAACAUAUAAGUUGUUAAUGAAGAAUGAAGCUAAAAUGACCGUGUGUGUUUGAAAAUGAGUAAGGCUAAAAUCGUGAAAAAACAUAUAUUUGCAAAUGUUGGAUGCAGUGAUGUGUACAGUGAAUUCAAGUAACCUUCUGUAAUUAAUGUAAAUUUGUGUUUAGGAAACAUUUUCUGGUGAACUCGCAAUUUGGCCUUCAGAUGUGGUGGCAUCUGUAUUAGUUUGUUACCAGAUCCUCUUGACGUAGUUCUGCAGCCAGUCCAAUCAACAUACACACACACACACACACACACACACACACUCUCACACAAACACUCUCACACUGGGAAAUGCAUGAAUGACAACAAAACUACUGGGGAUUUUUCAUUCAUCUUGAACUUUAUUUUGUAAUCAGUUUUUGUAGAGAAGUAUUGUACUGUGAAUUGGAGUAACUCUCCUUAGACUGUAUAAUUGUUUAUAAUUUAGAUGAUUCUAUUUAUCCUGUCAUUUUUUCCAUGGUGAUGUAAUUGUAUUGGGGUUAUUUAAUUUCUCCCGAAACAUUAGCGUAACAGUGUAGAGCGCAAUAGGUCUUAGUGUAAGUGAUGCACAGUCUGAAGAAAAAAGAAAAAAAAAAAACACUUGGUGCUACAAUCUGUAAAACUCCAGACUGUGCCUAAUGUUAUUUAUAAACCAUUAAGAACAUCAACAACAAUGAUAGAUUCUUGGUGCUUCUUGUACACAGGGACGUUUUUAUGCCAUGUCCUGGCAUUCCUUUGUUUGUGCUAUUUAAAAUGUAUUGUGCUAAUGAACUUUUUUUUUUGUUUUUUCUAUCAAAGGCCUAGUAUACAAAUAGACACUGCACGUUUCAAUGAAGCCAUCCGCAGAGCCUGGCACAGAGUUAUCGAGACAAAUGAAGUUUUCACUAGGUGUGCUCUCGCGUGUGCGGUGUUUGUGUACAACACAAAAUGAAAGCGCCUUUCUGCUCUCUGAAAACUUGCAUCAGGAUGUUCAGGACAAGUCGUACAUGCAUACAGUGUUGUUGCAUAUUUAUGUGUAGGUAAACCGGUGAGGGUCUUUGGGCCAGGGUUGAGUGCUCAGCUGGUAAACACAGAGGUGGGCGGAUUGUUCUAAGUGAAGAGGAUAUGGUGCAUUUCCUUUGGUGCUGAACAUAGAGACAUCCUGACCCACACAGCCGAGAUAAGUUGUCAGACAGGAUGAGCUGCACUCAUGGGGGGGCAGAGUUGAGGUGCACAGAGGGAUCCAGCGAUGCGUGUAUCGCGGGCCUUGACCAUUCUGUGCAGACGGUGCACAGCAUGGGACUUCCUGGAUGGAUGGCAGUAUGCACACCCUGCUGUCCCCCCUGACUGCCUAUUGGUUGAGAAGUUUGUAUAUGGCUCUCAACACAGAUGCAGAUGCUUAAGAGUUGUGUGGCAUGUAGAAUAUAUAGGGUUUAAUUACUCCGGACUGUAUCAGGCUUUUUUGAUUUAGCUUUUUUAUUUAAAAAAAAAUAAAGAAAAACCUCUGGGUCUGUGCGAACAUUCUAAAUGAUGCCUUCUGUUGUGAAAAUGGUGCUCUUUCAACAAAAAAAAGAAUAUAAGGAAAACAUUGGUGCAUCAUAUACCAAAUCCCAGCUCACAGAGACCUUUACACUGACUGCCUGUCCCAGGGCUGUGUCGUCAACACCCCGCACAUACUCACCUGUUCCACAGCUUGAGCAUACGACAUCUGUUGUGAUUUUUAGGAUUUAGUUGUUACUGGUAGUAGUACAAGUAUUCAUCACGUGAACUGUAGCAGCUAAGUUUCCGCUGGGGAGGUGUCAGUGUACAGUCGCUAACAGGAAACAACAAGUGUGAUUUAUGUUGUGUUUAUACGUGUGUUUAAUUUGCAACUAUGUCCUCAAGGAAAAAAAAUAUGGCUCACCUAAGCUUUAUAGUCACAACGCUGUUCAGAGGGCAACAAUGCUUUGUAACCAGGAAUGUGUAAUGAUUCUUUCUGUUUUAAGUGAAGUGUGGACAAUUUGUUGAUAUAGGACACAACCAGAAAAGCUAGUCCUUGUUACCAGCACUGAGAGGUCUUUUUCUAAUUAUUGUUGUUAUUGUUGAAGUUGUUACAAUUAUGAUUUAUUCUUGGUGUUUGAUAUCAUUGCAGUUGUUAUUGACAAUGUUUGUAUAAUGAUGACUAAAGAUCCAGAUCAAUUUUAAUAUCCUUAAACAGUAAGGUGCUCUCCUACACUUUAAACAAGGAAAAUGCAGCUAUGGAUUAAUACAUGUCCUCUCCCUUUGUGCUGAAGGAGAGGAAAACUUUUAAUAAACUUAAACACAAGUUUGCUUUUAUUUUAUUUCCUUUUUUCUUUUAUUCUGGUGUUCCCUUGUACCUAAUUCAUAGUCUUGGGUUGUAGUUUGUGUGUCGGAGAGAAGGGAGAUAUAGGGUUGAGACCUUCAUUAUGUACAGUAACUGUUCGGCAGCUCUUCACAAUUUCUGUUGUAUCUGGUACAUUUUUCCCUGCGGUUAAAGGUAGCUUAAGGAAGUGUCAUUUCCUUAGGCAGGUUAAGGCAUAGUGUCAACCUGGAGUACCCAAUUUUGCAGAUACCCCUUUGAGGGUAAAAGACAAGGAUUUGCUGCUUUUGCCUUGCAAAAAAAUCAUGUCAAUUGUAAACGCAUUGGUUGAAAAUGUGUGAAAUGGGAUGGAUUGAACAUCCAUCAUUUCAUUUCCAGUUGCACAAUGUACUCCUUCCUUCUAAGGCUCACAGUAGUCUGGUGUUGGUCAUUGUACGCAGUUGACUCUUGUUAGACGAAUAUUGUAUAUUGUUUUAAAUUGAUUGUGUCAGAGAUAAUAAGCAUUAUAAGUGGGCUUGCCAUGAUUUCAUUUGUUAUGGAGAAUUCAGAUUAACUAUGAUUUCACAAAACUCCCAACAGACUGAGGAUAAAAAUUGUCAAAAGUAAGAGUAAAAAAAUGUGUUCUGAAUAUUGUGAAAUAGUAUAUAGUUUCCUGGUUGGGGCGUUACUGGGCUGACCCACACAAACGGGUCUCUCCUGCUCUCAUUGUGGGAUUUCCUCAAGGAACAAAUUCAGUUCAUUAAUGAAAAUGAAAUUGAAAUAAGUCUGCCUAUCUUUCUGAUCUCAGACCCUCUCUCAUGGUUGGUGGAAUGGAAAUUAAAUUUAGACAUGAUGUAACUGACUGUUACUGACUCCUAUAAUUUAAUACAUGUAAAAUGAUUGAGGAAUUAUGGAUUCCUUUGUCAUUGGGACAUUGCAAAUAUUGAAAAUAUUGGCUGAAAAUUAGUGCAGAUUGUAAACAUCAAAACUGGGGGAAGACAUUUGAAGAUAAAAUUCUGGCAAGUCUGCUUAUAAGUGAUGGGCUUUUUAUCUGUGAUUCAAAUGAAUGAAGUGUACAUUCAUAUCUAGUCAAAAUUCAGUAUUGAUCACUAAAGAUUUUAAGGUAGAGUAUCAGUCUUGCCGAAAUCAUAAUGUUGCUCAGGAAGCCCUGGGGUCAAGGAAGUCAUUAUCAAAAAGAUAUACUAUUCACUCAACUUGAAGUUUUUAAAAACUCAAUGCAUGUACAUUCACUGUGACACCAGUUUACUCUUCCAUCUUCAGCUGUGCAGGUGUCAGGUUUUUUCCUUUAACCCUACAUGACUGCAAGGAGCAUGCAGGUUGAAAAUGGUGCUUUGAGCCUGAAUCGAGGCUCCACUGCCUUACAGGUACCCAGUUGGUGUCACCGCAAAUGUCAGUUGCAAGGUGCUCUAGAUUGUCCGACAAUUAUUUAUUACUGGAUUUGUCCAUAAGACUUCUUUAUGUUCUCACAUACACUCCAAACAAAUACUGCAGUUUUUAGACAAAAAUUUUAAUGUUUAUCAUUUAUUUUUGUAAAAUAAAUAUGCUUUGGGAAAGCCCUCCUAUGCCUUCCCCUGCCCUUCACAAUGUUGUCCCUCAGGUUCCUCCUUAUCACUUUCUGAUAUCUACUGUUAUGCCUGUUGCUGGAGAUGUGUUCCUUACAUAUCUAAAUGAGAUUGCAGCUGUCCCUCUUUGUUCUAGUAAUCCCACAUUCCUUCCUCCCUGCCCACACAAAGCCCCUGGUUUUAACCGUAAUUUUCAAAUGCAAGCCAAGCAUCCAGUGCUGCAUUCCUGUUAGGAAAAAUCUUUAAUGGGGACUGAAAUUAAACUUUUUAUUUAAGACAAGAGGUUUGAGGUGCAAUA